AUGGACAGGACAGGCCACGACUUUUCGACAAAGCCAAAACUCAAAACAAAACUAAACCCUGUCGGUCUUCUUGAUCCGUCGCCGUUGAAAAUGGCGAAGUCUUGCAAGGGUCUUGCUGAAGAGCUUGUCAAGUGUCUCAGUGAUUCCAUGUGUGUCAAGGACGAGAAACGGUCAAUUAGGGACUGCGCUGGUGAGAAAAGCCCUUGUAUACCCAGCGAGUGUGUUGGCUUACGGGAAACUUACUUCAAUUGUAAAAGAGGACAGCCCUCUCAAACAGACUCUUUCUCUCCGCUCAUCUCCUCCGCCGACACCGUUACGGUUUUCACCGCCGGGAGAAGCUUCAUCAUCACCGUUGAUCAUCAUUCAAUGGCAACCAUGGCUAGGUCGUUUCUGCAAGCGAUAUCCAAGGACGAAGCGGUAGCUCCUCCGCUCAGAGUUGUUCAAAUCGAAGGACUGGCUGUGUUAAAGGUCAUCAAACAUUGCAAGGAGUUUGCACCAACGCUUGUCACAGGGCAGCUUCUUGGACUUGAUGUUGGUAGUGUACUUGAAGUUACCAAUUGUUUUCCUUUUCCAGUGAGAGAUGAUGAUGAAGAGAUUGAAGCUGAUGGUGCUAACUAUCAGCUUGAGAUGAUGAGAUGUUUGAGGGAGGUUAAUGUUGAUAACAACACUGUUGGAUGGUAUCAAUCCACGGUGCUUGGAUCUUAUCAGACUGUAGAGUUGAUUGAGACCUUCAUGAAUUACCAGGAGAACAUCAAGAGGUGUGUUUGCAUCAUAUACGAUCCCUCUAAAGCGGACCUUGGCGUUUUAGCUUUGAAGGCUUUGAAGCUUUCAGAUUCCUUUAUGGAGUUGUACCGGGCAGGAAACUUUACAGGGGAGAAGUUGAGAGAGAAAAAUUUCUCCUGGAUGGAUAUUUUUGAGGAAAUACCAAUUAAGGUUUCAAACUCUGCACUUGUCAGUGCCUUUAUGACCGAACUGGAGACGGAUACACCUGUCUCACAGGGUGAUUAUGAUCGUCUGCACUCAUCAACCACUCCUUUCCUUGAGAACAAUAUGGAGUUUUUGAUUAAAUGCAUGGAUGAUUUAUCUAUGGAACAACAAAAGUUCCAAUAUUACUACCGGAACCUGUCUCGUCAGCAAGCGCAACAACAAGCCUGGCUUCAGAAGAGAAGGACGGAGAACAUGGCUCGUAAAUCAGCCGGAGAAGAGCCUUUGCCUGAAGAGGAUCCUUCAAACCCAAUCUUCAAGCCGAUCCCUGAACCAUCGAGGCUAGAGAGCUUCCUCAUCACAAACCAAGUCUCAAACUUCUGUGGCCAAAUCAAUGGAGUGGCUGGCCAGAACUUCAGCAGACUCUACCUGACCAAGGCGUUGCACGAUAAUUGAGUACAACACUACCCAAGUUUCUGCUCUUUAGGGUCGAGAAAGUGAAGGAUUUGGUGGUAGAACGGAUACUGUAUUUGUUUUGCGGGAAGUUCUGUUUUUGUGAAAUUAAAAAUACAAACCAAAAUGGAAAACAUUUGUCAACUCGUAUACAUGGCUUAUUGAUGAAAUGUUUUUCAUAAUAUAAAAUGAGAAAAAGUCACAACACAGCACGAAACGUAUUAAACAUCGUUUUCUUGUUGUGUGUGUUUGUUUGUGUAUAGGAUAACUUUUUGUUUAACAGAUGCUGAAGGUUCAGG